UCCGGGGAGAGCGGAUAUAGUGAAUGCGGGGUCCGGGGAGAGCGGAUAUAGUGAAUGCGGGGUCCGGGGAGACCGGAUAUAGUGAAUGCGGGGUCCGGGGAGAGCGGAUAUAGUGAAUGCAGGGUCCGGGGAGAGCGGAUAUAGUGAAUGCAGGGUCCGGGGAGAGCGGAUAUAGUGAAUGCAGGGUCCGGGGAGAGCGGAUAUAGUGAAUGCAGGGUCCGGGAGACCAGAUAUAGUGAAUGCAGGGGUCUGGGGAGAGCGGAUAUAGUGAAUGCAGGGUCUGGGGAGACCUGAUAUAGCGAAUGCAGGGUCCGGGGAGAGAAGAUAUAGUGAAUGCAGGGUCCGGGGAGAGCGGAUAUAGUGAAUGCAGGGGUCCGGGGAGACCAGAUAUAGUGAAUGCAGGGUCCGGGGAGAGCGGAUAUAGUGAAUGCAGGGUCCGGGGGAGAGCGGAUAUAGUGAAUGCAGGGUCCGGGGAGAGCGGAUAUAGUGAAUGCAGGGUCCGGGGAGACAGAUAUAGUGAAAUGCAGGGUCCGGGGAGAGCGGAUAUAGUGAAUGCAGGGUCCGGG